GGAAAAUAACGAUAAGGGGAGGAAAAAACACAAGGCUGAUAAGAAAAAAAACAGGAGAGAGCAUCGCAGAAGCGGAUGCGAGAAAACGAAAAUGAAGCGGACGCACGGCCAUAGAAACGGACCACUUGUUUCUCUUCCAUCACGACACAGAGAGAUUUCGAAGCUGAAAGAACGCAAUGAAACACCCCCAGUAACUCCCGUCGGGAGGAACCGAGCCAGCGGCAUCGAGAACCGUCCACCAAAAGUGCUAGAGAAGAGGUCGCGAGAAGAGAGAAUACCGAAGCAAGACCACAAGACGAAGAAGAGAAUCACAUACAAAAAGGACAACACAGUGAAGACGAUCAAUUUCAGAGGCUCGGACGAUUUGUACUGUGCGGUCCAAGAGGAAGCAGAAGAAGAAGAUGAGCAGUCCAUAUCAGAAAAAACGGACGGAGAGGAAGACAAGGCAAUGAGCGACGAGGGAAGUGACAGUGAAACUUCCGGCGGAGAUUCUCGUGAUGCUGACGAGGCCGAUGACGACGAAGAGAGGAGCAGCGACGACACAGCGCAAGAUGAGGAUGACGAAGAGGCAGAUGAAGACGGGAGGGUCGCAGAGAAGAGGGAGAUUUCACCAUCUCUUAAAAGAACGCGAUGCACAAGCGAACGAUUGCAGAACAAGGAGAGAGACGCAUGCGACACGGCCCCGAAUGACAGACAACUAGUGAGGAAGGACAACGAAAUUCAAGAAGGUAAGCAAAGUGUGGUAAAGUUGCUCCCCUUGCAGAAAGUCGCAGUCAUAAGGACCGAAUAUGCUGGGAUAUCCAUGAUGCGAGGAAGUUAUUGUGCUUUGUUUACUGAAUUGUCGAUUUUCACAGUUAUGAAAUUGGAUGCGAUAUUUGGAGUUUUUAAUAUCAUUUUUGCGUUCUGAUGUGUGUCUUCCAGCAGAUGGCACGAAUUUGUAAAGAAAACCACACGCGGCCGGAGAAGGACAGAGACAAGCCGACCAACAAAGCGGCAUUUUCACA